AUGCUGCUCGUGCUGGUGGUGCUCAUCCCGGUGCUGGUGAGCUCGGGCGGCCCGGACGGCCACUAUGAGAUGCUGGGCACCUGCCGCAUGGUGUGCGACCCCUACCCUGCGCGGGGCCCCGGCGCCGGCGCGCGGUCCGACGGCGGCGACGCUCUAAGCGAGCAGAGCGGUGCGCCCCCGCCCUCCACGCUGGUGCAGGGCCCCCAGGGGAAGCCGGGCCGCACCGGCAAGCCGGGCCCCCCCGGGCCUCCAGGGGACCGGGGCCCUCCGGGUCCCGUGGGACCGCCCGGGGAAAAAGGAGAGCCAGGCAAGCCUGGUCCUCCUGGCCUGCCGGGUUCAGGAGGCAGCGGCGCCAUCAGCACGGCCACCUAUACCACGGUGCCACGCGUGGCCUUCUAUGCCGGCCUCAAGAACCCUCAUGAGGGUUACGAGGUGCUCAAGUUUGACGACGUGGUCACCAACCUAGGCAACAACUACGAUGCGGCCAGCGGCAAGUUUACAUGCAACAUUCCUGGCACCUACUUUUUCACCUACCACGUCCUCAUGCGCGGCGGCGACGGCACCAGUAUGUGGGCGGACCUCUGCAAGAACGGCCAGGUCCGGGCCAGCGCCAUCGCCCAGGAUGCAGACCAGAACUACGACUAUGCCAGCAACAGCGUGAUCCUGCACCUGGACGCAGGCGAUGAGGUCUUCAUCAAGCUGGACGGAGGCAAAGCGCACGGUGGCAACAGCAACAAAUACAGCACUUUCUCUGGCUUCAUCAUCUAUUCAGACUGA